AGGGAAAAAGGCACACAAUAAAAAAGGACAACCUUUAGUUUAAUGCCUCUCCCCCUCCCCCUCAUUUCUUUUAAAACUUCAAAACCAAUCACCAAAAACUCACAUACAAAAACACACACACAAACUAACCUAAAACCACUCCAAUCCCAUUUACAUCAAAUCAUAAAACACACACAACCAAACCAAGACCACUUGAAAAAAAAUCAAGAACUGAACAAAGAAAAAUGAGAGGUAGAGAAGGCAAAGGCCCUCCCUCCACCGAUCUCCUGGUAUGCUUCCCCACUCGGGCUCACCUCUCCCUCAUGCCAAAGCCCGUAUCCAGCCCGGCCCGGCCCCACCACCGCCGCCGCCCCUCCCUCCUCAAAUCCACCACCACCAACACCACCGCCGCCAGGUGGGCCCGCAGCAAGAGCAACAACAACGAGGCUGACUCGGAGCCGACCUCCCCGAAAGUGACCUGCGCCGGGCAAAUCAAGGUCCGCUCAUCGAAGCCGAAUUCAUGCAAGAACUGGCAAUCGGUGAUGGAGGAGAUCGAGCGGAUGCACAACCACAAGAAGCGCCCGCCCUGGGCCGCCGCGCUAGGCUUCAAGAAGGAGGCCAUGCAGUUUUUAGCAUGCCUGCGCAACCUCCGCUUCGACUUCCGCUGCUUCGGAUCCAUCCCCGCCGCCGAGAUCAGCUCGGAUGACGACGAAGAAGAAUUAGAUGACGACGGCGACGAUAACAAGGGAGGAGCUGUGUUUUCGAAGUGGUUCAUGAUUUUGCAAGAGGAGAACAGUCAAUUGAGGAAAGAGGAGGAAAGUGUGGCGGCGGAGGCAAUUGUUAAUGAGGCGGCGCCGCCGGCGAAUGCGCUGAUGCUGAUGCGGUGCAGGUCGGCGCCGGCGAAGAGCUGGCUGGAGGAGAAAGAGGAGGAGGAGAGAGAAGAAGAAGAAGAGAAGGGGGCGGAAUUUUGUGAAUUUGCGGUGGAGAUUGGGAAGGAGGAUUGGAUUCAAGAGAGGAUUUGCAGAAGCAGGAGUUGGAAGAGAUGAUGCUUUCACAGACGGUUUGAUUUUAUUUUUAUUUUAUUUACUUUUUCAUGCUACUAAGGUUAAUGUUUUUUUUAAAGAUUAAAUAGUUUGUGUUAAGACAUAAAACUGAUUUAUAUUUGUGGUGGGGAAAUUUGUAUGUGGUUUUUAUGAUUGAGAAGUGUACUAAUUUGUGUACAGCAAGUAAUUUUUCCAUUUUAAUUGUCAUUUCAUAUA